UUUCUUGUUCCCGCAUUUUCCGCAGUAGAGCUGAGAAAACCGCCAAAAACAGGCUGAAGUGCAAGGCAGAGUUUUUGGACCUCGAAACAUCGUGUUUUCAGUCCUUCAGUGAGAGUGGAGAAAAACUUGAAUGUCGGUUAAUGUGUUUUGUAAACAAGAACUUAAUGUACUGCAGAGUUGAAGCGUAUUGCAGAAUGCAUCUAAGUUCAAUUAUGCUAGUUGUACAAGCCAAGAAUAACACUGAACCUAAUCCGAGCAUUUGCUUACUCAGCCUGGACUACGAACCCUUGAACUAAUGCAGAGGACGAAUCUCAUCUUAAUCUCAGCUCUCUAAAAACGUUUAAGUCUAUCCCAUGACUCUAAACUGGGAAUAAUCCCACGUAAAAAAGCACCCAGUGCUGUAAAUAAAAGAAAGAACCCCUGUGAUUAACUACGACGGAAUCAAAUCCCUGAAUUGUGAAGAUAUUUGAUAUCAAAAAUAAUCUGCUCUUCAACCCAACGGUUGAGAUUUAUUCCAACAAAAAUUCGAACUUUUACAACCCGGUCCAACAAGGAAAAGUAUUUAUUAGUGAAAAAGUUUUACAACUUGUGCAAAGCACAAAAAAUCGUAAAUUUUUUAGAAAAAUCUAAUUUUUCUAAAUACUCGUUUGUGUUUAUCUGUUGAGAUCUUCAAGAUUAGUAGAUAGAGAUAACCCGGAGAUAGUUUCUCCGUCCUGAACCCAGGAUCUUGUGAAUUAUCCAGAUCCUGAGAGAAGAUUACAAUUAACUCUGAACCCACACAGAGAUACACAAAAUGGCGAUGGGCAUAGACUACUAUUCUUAUCCACCUCAUAAAACCGGUUUACCCUGGGGAAGUGAGGCGAAGCCUGGAAGUGGGGGAGGCGGAGGGGUUGGCGGAGGCGGAGCUGGGGGCGGAACCCAGGGUUUAGCUCACUGGAUGUCUGUUAUGGCGGAGCAUAUGAAUCAUGAAACUUCAUCCUUACAUCCGGCGUAUAUGUGGCAUAAUGGAAUUGACCAGAAGAUGUCGCUGUCAGAACAACAUCAGCUGUUACAGAAAGAUUUUCUAGGUGACCCUGGCGGAUAUUAUUCCCCUGGUGCUCGGCCUGAAUCCGCCGCAUCAUCCUCUCCGCCCAGCUCCGCCCCCCUAGUGGUCCCCCAGCCAAUAAAUGUUGCCAAGAUGUCAGGUGGUGGGGGGCUCCACCCCCACCAGCACCCUCAUCAAGCAAUUAGAAAAUAUCAAUGCAAAAUGUGCCCGCAGAUUUUUGCCAGCAAAGCUGACCUUCAGCUCCACACCCAGAUACACAUGCGGGAACCUAAACCUUAUAAAUGCGCCAGUUGUAACAAAGCGUUCGCAAACAGCUCUUACCUGUCCCAACAUACUAGAAUACAUCUUGGUAUUAAACCCUACAGAUGUGAGAUCUGCCAGAGAAAGUUUACCCAGCUCUCUCAUCUUCAACAGCACAUCAGAACACAUACCGGAGACAAACCAUACAAGUGCAGAAUUCCAGGUUGCACGAAAGCGUUCUCUCAGCUGUCCAACCUGCAGUCCCACUCCAGGUGCCACCAGACAGAUAAACCAUACAAGUGCAACUCCUGCUACAAAUGUUUUGCUGAUGAGCAGGCCCUGUUCGAGCAUAUUCCUAAACAUAAGGAAUCUAAACAUAUAAAAACCCACAUCUGUUCCUACUGUGGGAAGAGUUACACACAGGAAACAUACCUUGCCAAGCAUAUGCAGAAGCAUGCUGAUAGAACAGAUAAAAGGCCUCCGAUCAUCGCAGGGCCGGUCAGCGGGCUCCAGCAAGAUUUAUACUGGCCUAAGAUGGAUCCAGGUCUAUAUCAGAGCCAUGAUAGACUAGACCCUUAUGGACAGGGGCUCAUGGAUCCUUCCAGGUUCCAUCCACAGUUUGCAGAGGAUCUCCGACAGCAAGGAUAUGGUAUGGGAGGAGGAGGAUGGGGAGAUCCAUCCAAAGCAUCGUCGGCAUUUUCUCCGAUCAAUGGUGGAGUUCUGCCCAGUUCUACAGGGUUCAAUAUGGCGGGAGGAGCACGAGGAUAUCCUUUCUACGAUCCUAUCUCAUUCCAAAGACAAAGCCAGGUUGGGUUUGAAUCUAAAACUGCCGGCUCUAAUUUGAUCUCCCUCUCACAAAUCAAGAACUACGCUCAUGAUCGAGGUGGACCAACAUCAUCUUGAUGCUGCCUCUCCGGAGAAUAAGGUUUAUAAUCAACCCGGUCUGAUGUAGGAGUAGCUCACCCUGCACAGUAAGACCCCUCGAACACCCAACCUUGCUCCAGGUUGAUCCUUUAGCUGCAAGGUUCGGGAGAUGCAGAGAUUAGAAGAAUCCUGGUUGUGUGAGGGCGGAGCAAGCUUUGCAGAAAUCCCUGCAAACCAAUAAAGAGACAGAGGUGUGCAAAAUUUUUGCAGAAAGAGGAAAUUUGCAAAGUUUACUGGCGGCAAAGUUUCUCACGCGGCGGCAACAGUUUCCAAACAUUCAGGUUCUUUAUUCUCCGGGUCCUGAUUGAUCUCAACUUCUCAACCUACAACUUAUCCGUUCACAGGAGACAAAAACCCUCUGAUUUAACAUUCUCCAAUGUCUUGAAUAUCCGAGCUGAGGUGUUUAGAGAAUCUAAAAACAUUCAGUUUCUGUUAGGUUUGUUCAAUCUACAGCUAGGACAGUUUAGGAUGAAGAAGA